CUGGGACAGCACAGGUCCUGGAGUGGCUGCUUAUUUCCCAGGAGCAGCCGGAAGCCAAGAAGUCCUGGGGACCAUUGUCAUUCAUGGAUGUGUUUGUGGACUUUACCUGGGAAGAGUGGCAGUUGCUGGACUCAGCUCAGAAGCAGCUUUACAGGAGUGUGAUGUUGGAGAACUAUAGAAACCUGGUGUCCCUGGGAUAUCAAUACACCAAACCUAGUAUCAUUUUCCAGUUGGAACAAGAAGAGCUGUGGAUGAUGCACAGCCCAAUUCCAGCCAAUACCUGCAAAUGUACCAUCUGGGAAAUUGAUGGUUGUGUGGAGUGGCAUCAGGAAAAUCAAGGCAAGCUGGGAAGUGUGGCAGAAGGCUAUCCCUGUACUGCAUUUGGAAAACUGUGUCUUAUUACUGCAAAUAAUGCUUCUUCAAGACAGAGACUUCAUAAAUGUGUCACAAAUGGGAAGAGUUUGAAAUGUAAUACAGGUUUCAGUAAUAAUUACGCUGGAAAGAAUCCUAAUGACUUUCAUGCAUUGAGGGAAUCAUCCUUCCUUUCCAGACAUGAACAAGCUGUUAUUGGCAUAAAAUAUUGUGAAAAUGAUGAAUCUGGAAAAACUGCCAACAGAAAGCCACUGCUUAUUUGCCAACAAAUGCAUAUGGGAGGGAAAUUGUUUGAAUGCAGUUCCUGUGGGAAGGCCUUCAGCAGCAAGUCGAACCUUCUGGUGCAUCAGGAAACUCAUGAAGAAGCAAAACCCUACAAGUGUGAUGGAUGUGGGAAAGACUUCAGCAACAAGUCCUACCUCGUUGCACAUCAGAGAACUCACACAGGAGAGAAACUACAUGAAUGUAGUGAUUGUCAGAAAACUUUUAGUUUCAAUUCACAACUUGUUAUACAUCAGAGAAUUCACACACAGGAGAAUCCCUAUGAAUGCUGUGAAUGUGGGAAAGUCUUCACUAGGAGGGACCAGCUUGUUUCCCACCAGAGAACUCAUUCAGGACUGAAACCCUAUGGAUGUCAUGAAUGUGGGAAAGCUUUUGGUUUGAAAUCACAACUCAUUAUACAUCAAAGAAUUCAUACUGGAGAGAAACCCUAUGAAUGCAGUGAUUGUCAGAAAGCCUUUAAUACAAAGUCUAACCUCAUGGUUCAUCAGAGAACUCACACAGGAGAGAAACCUUAUAGUUGUAGUGAAUGUGGGAAAGCUUUUACUUUCAAGUCACAGCUCAUUGUACAUCAGGGAGCACACAGUGGCGUCAAACCCUAUGGAUGUAAUCAUUGUGGAAAAGCUUUCAGUUUGAAGUCACAACUCAUUGUACAUCAGAGAAGUCACACAGGAGUGAAGCCCUAUGGAUGCAAUCAAUGUGGGAAAGCUUUUAGGAGCAAGUCGUACCUCAUUAUACAUCAGAGAACUCACACAGGAGAGAAACUCCAUGAAUGCUGUGAAUGUGGGAGAGCCUUCAGUUUUAAUUCACAACUUGUUAUACAUCAGAGAAUUCACACAGGGGAGAAUCCCUAUGAAUGCAGUGAGUGUGGGAAAGCCUUCAGUCGGAAAUACCAGCUCAUUUCACACCAGAGAACUCAUGCAGGGGAAAAGCCCUAUGAAUGCAGUGAUUGUGGGAAAACUUUUGGUUUGAAAUCACAGCUCAUGAUACAUCAGCGAACUCAUACAGGAGAGAAGCCCUACGAAUGCAGUGAAUGUCAGAAAGCCUUUAAUACAAAGUCAAACCUUAUUGUACAUCGGAGAACCCACACAGGAGAAAAACCAUAUGGUUGUAGUGAAUGUGGGAAAUCCUUUACUUUUAAAUCACAGCUCAUUGUACAUCAGGGAGCACACACUGGGGUAAAACCCUAUGGUUGUAAUCAGUGUGGGAAAGCCUUCAGUUUGAAGUCACAGCUCAUUGUACAUCAGAGAAGUCACACAGGAUUGAAACCCUAUGGGUGCAUUGAAUGUGGGAAAGCUUUUAGGAGUAAGUCCUACCUCAUCAUACAUACAAGGACUCACACAGGGGAGAAACCACAUGAAUGCAGUGAAUGCGGGAAAUCCUUCAGUUUUAACUCACAACUUAUUGUACAUCAGAGAAUUCAUACAGGAGAGAGUCCCUAUGAAUGCAGUGAUUGUGGGAAAGCCUUUAAUAGGAAAGACCAGCUCAUCUCACAUCAGCGAACUCAUGCAGGGGAAAAACCUUAUGGGUGUAGUGAGUGUGGGAAAGCCUUUAGUAGCAAGUCAUAUCUCAUUAUACAUAUGAGAACUCAUUCAGGAGAGAAACCAUAUGAAUGUCACAAAUGUGGGAAAGCCUUCAUUUGGAAGUCACUACUCAUUGUACAUGAGCGAACUCAUGCAGGGGAAAACCCUUAUAAAUGCAGUCAGUGUGAGAAAUCCUUCAGUGGGAAAUUACGGCUCCUUGUACAUCAGAGAAUGCACACAAGAGAGAAGCCCUAUGAAUGCAAUGAGUGUAAAAAAGCCUUCAUUAGGAAGUCUCAGCUCAUUGUACAUCAGAGGACUCAUUCAGGGGAGAAACCCUAUGAAUGCAGUGAGUGCGGAAAAACUUUCUCUCAGAAAUCAAUUCUCAGUGCACAUCAGAGGACUCAUACUGGAGAGAAACCCUGUAAAUGUGCUGAAUGUGGGAAAGCCUUUUGUUGGAAGUCACAACUCAUUAUGCAUCAGAGAACUCAUGCAGAUGAGAAACAUAUUGGUUCCCUGGAGAACUUCUCGGCUCACCAAGAACCACCAGAACCCCCUGAACCCAAGGGGGCCCCCAAAGCCCCCGGAUUUAGGGGUCACAGGCCAGCGUUGUCCAGCCGAGCUGACACACUGAUUGACUGA